UUUAUGCCACUUAAUUAGUCGAUUGGUGUAUGUAUUGUUUAUGCCACUUAAUUAGUCGAUAGGUGUACUUAUUGCUACUCUGUGCCAAUGACUUCUUUUGCAGUUCUCCAUGAUGCCUUUUUGAAGUUCCAAACAAAGCCAAAAGUAACAAGUCACAGUGACUUAUUCUGCGAAGGGAAGGAAUUCAAGAAAAAUGAAGUAAUCUUUCAAAGACAAAGCACACUACUGGGUUGCAUAGUGUGGAACUUGCUCAAAUGACUCUCCCAUGCUCCCAUGAUGAAGAAGAUGAAGUAGCUUAUAAGGGCAAUUGACAUGUCAUUGAACAAAGAGGAAGAAGAAUUUGAAAGUGGAUGAGUAGAGAAGAUAUAUAGUUGUGUACAAAGAUUAAUACUUGGUUAGUGAUGGGUUUACUUUUUCCGGGUUAACCGAAUUCCUAUAAAAGUUUGAAAGGACAUAAUUUGUAAUGACCUUUUGACUUUUGUUUUGGAUAUUAAGGUACCUGAUUUGUAAUUACUUUUGAUUGAGGCUAUUAAGGUACAUCAUUUGACA